GCGGCGGAAAACUCCCAGUCUAUCGUCGUCUGCCCAAGUGUCAGUUUACUAAUUGUCGUUUGUUUAUUUUUAGAGUGAUUCCCUCAAACUUGACCGCUUCUGUGAUUUAGUGCCAGUUUUUUAGUGCAAGCUCAAGCAUCGUAGUGUUCUUUCGGUGUUGUAUUUCGCGAUAUAUAGUAGGUGUCAGUCUUCUGUGCGGGAGGUCGUUGAUCCAUAGGCAGGACAGUACAGAAUGGAGUGUGGUGUGCUACGCGGUGGUGAAGUGGAGGAGAGGCGAAGUCCUGCAAAGACUGGUCUUCAUGUCAACUUCAUCGAGAAAGGCGAAGUUAAGGAGAGGAGAGAGAAGUUCUUGACAGCGAAGUACGGGAGUCAUCAGAUGUCACUGAUUAGGAAGAGAUUAGCUGUGGAGAUGUGGCUUUACGAUGAACUUCAGAAGCUUUACGAGUCCUCAACCACAGACAAAGACUCCAAGAGUAGAGAGGUGGAGGUGGACAUAGAUGAGUUGUUGGACAUGGACGAUGACGACCAGAGGCGGCGACAUCUGUUGACGCUGCUGGUGGAUGCCAAGAAGUCUGCUCAUGAUGUUAGGAAAUUCGUAGACGACCUGCUAGAGCGGACCAAGACGCUGUAAUGUGUUCGUAUCGAUGGACGAACUCCGAACUCCGACUGCCUCAGGCCUAACCUGUUCACCUCAACUGUGGGUUGGGGUGUCACCAACGAGAGUUUAGCUACAACUGAACUGUCCACAUUUGUGUUUAUACAUCUAGAAUCUUGCCUGUCUUAAUCGAGGCGAUUUUUAUAGGAUUUUUAAGCAGAUAACAUAAAAGUGAUAAACGUAGGUAACUUGUCUUAUAUUGACCGUAAUUGUGGAUAGACUCCUAACCCUUUGCAUUUAUCGGAUCACAUCUAGUAUUAGAUACAAAGUGAUUCCAUUAACGGUUAGACUUUUUAAUGUUUUACAAUACAUUUUUACCGAAUGGUAUGGACUUUUGGAUCUGUGUUUUUUAUUAGUUUGAGCAGUUUUAUUUUCUUUAUUGCGAUAGAUCAAAUCGUAUGCAGUAUUGUGUUAAUGAUUGAAAAUUAAAAAAUAUUAAAAUCAACCAAGAGAACUACUUGAGUUCCUUAUUUUGUUCAACAAGGCCUACUUUUGUACAGAAUUAAAGGCCUACAUAUUUUUUAAUAAACUGUCAAUUUAUUAUAAUGAAUAUUCAUUCUGAUUGUUGGCUUAUAGCUGUAGUUUCCUUUUAUUAUAUUAGUAGACUUUUGUAUACGUUUUAUAAGGAAUUAUUCAAUUUUAGAAGGUAUUAACUGUUAAGUAAAAAUUUAGUUUUGAAACUGUGUACAAUAUAAAAAACUUAAGGUAUUAAUUUAUUUUCUUAUUUUUUUUUUCUUUAUUUAGUAGUUUUGAUUUUAGGAAGGAAUGUUACAAUAUGAUUAUUGUGAUUCAAUACUAUCUUGCCAAUAGCUGCUCCUAUUCUACACUUUUGGAUAUUAUGUUUGAGUGUUUGGGCUGAUUUUAUGGAUUUAUUGAUCUUUUGUCAAAGCUUCCACUAGGAUUAUAAAUAGUUACGUAUGCAUUUUAUGUUCGAAUAUCAUAAUUGCAAAAAUUAGAAUAAACUUAAUUCAAACACCUUAUGAAACCGUAAAUUAUACUAUAGACAAAAAUAAUUAAAUAUAGACCCUCAGCUGUGCUGCGGUUACCAUAGGUUCUGGCGCACACCGCUGUAGUUACGGCAUUAGUGCUACGUAACUACACGGCACUCCCAGCGGUGUGCGCCAGAACCUAUGGUAACCGCAGCACAGCUGACACUCUAUAUUUAAUUCUUUUUGUCUAUGAUUAUACUUAUAACCAAGAUACUCUUGUGAAUUGUUACUGAGAUUUGCACCAUUAACAAAAAAGAAUGUUGCAAAUCGAAGUGGUUUAUCAACUUGCAUUUAUUGACAAGGGACUCCAUCAAAGGCCAUUCGUAACAAAAAUUGGAAUAGUCCCAACUGUGGCCUUUUCAUCAACAAUAACAACUUGGUACAACGAUCUCUUAGAUUUAUUUCAGAUUUUCUUGCCUAGGACCAGCUGAAAAGAACAAAUGUGUCUGACAUCCAAACUGUUGUGAUCAAGUGAAUUUUUCAUGUUUCAUUUUUUUUUUGCUCAUUAUGUUUAAGCAUUCAUUUUAAAGGUAGUAACUGAAACUUGCCAUCUAAAACUAAACCAAUAGCAAUAUAUUUUGUUAUGACAGUGCAAACCUGGGCCAUCUGCAAUGCUACCACAUAGUUUAUAUCUGUUCCCAGCAGAACCUGUGUUUUGUAAUAUCAGUCUUGAAAUUUUUAAAAGUAAUUAAAGAAACUAACUGCUUCUGUCCAUGUUAUAUGUAUUUCAGAAUGAAAGAUACCCAUUGCCUUCAUGAUCUCACUACCUGCACAAACCUCAUCCUAUCAAUGUUUAUUGUAUGUAGCUUAUUAUGUGUAUGUAUGAUGUAAGUUAGACAUUUCUAUAUUUUCAUUGAAUGGUAAUAGUGUAUGGAAUUGUAAUUUAAUCUGAUUUCAUUAAAGUGUACACUUAGGUAAA